AAUUGAAGUAACAAUCGAAGAAGUUUCAUCUGUUAUUCUGGUUAUUAAUUUGUACAAAUGACAAAUGAACUCGUAUGAAUCUAUAUCAUCAAAAACAAAGGCUUCUACCAUGGAUCCGGAAAAAUUAAAUUCCAUCUGUUCAAGGAUCAUAUGUUCUCCCGCCAUUACUCGACAAAAUUUAUCUCAUAAAUCUUUGAUACAACCAAUGUUAGAAAACAAAAAUGAUGAAGAUGACACUCAUUUUUUUGAAACUUUAAAGAAUAAAAUUAAAACUAGUCCGUUAAAAUGUUUAAAAUCUAAAUACGUAUUUAAAAAGCCAUAUGGAACAAGAAAAAGGAAGCAUAAAUUUAAUGAAGAAAGUAAAGAUGCAAUAAAACGUUUUAAAGAAGAUAUGGAAAAUAAAAAUCAAGUAGAAGUUGAUGCUAUUAAUCUUCAUCCGGAAACAGAAGAACUUCAUUCUGAAACAAAAGAAAUAUGUAAAGAUAAUUCGAUAUCGUCUAAUUAUAAAAACGAUGUCUUAAAAUCUAUAGAUACGAACGUGGAUAAUAAUGAAUCUUACGCGUUAAAAAGAGAUUUUACUUUGAUCUUUCAAUCGGGUACAGCAUUUGAUAAUGACGAAAAUCAUGAAUCUAGGUUCGUUGAACGUACCGAUGUAAAUAAUACUGACAAUAAUAAUAUAUUUUUAUAAAUGAAUAGCGUGUAUAUCUGUAAUAAUGUUGUUUAAACGUUUUAUUCGAAUAAACAAGUUUAUUUUAGAAUAAAACUUACGUAUGUUAGUUCUUGUUACAAUAAAAAUUAGUUAAACAUCACAUAUUUAUAUAUAUGUAAUCGCACAUGGAAUAUAAAAUAAUUUUAACUUGAUAUAUAAGAAAAUUCUAUGCUCCAAGUCGUUCUUAAUCGGCAAUGUAAACAACAAUGAACACGCGACUACGUUCGAUAUUAUUCUUUUGUACUUCGACGAGUAAAUAUUAUAGCUUUCUUUGUCCUAAACAGUCUGAAGGUAGACACCAAACAAAUGCCAUUGUAAUCGUCGAAAUUCCAAUUCAUUUAUUUUAAUAAUUAUUUAUUUCAAUUAUUUUAUGCUUUUUAAAGGAAUUACUUAUAAUACGUAUACGUAUAUAUGCUAUUAUUACAUAAUUUAAUUUAUUAAUAAUCGUAUUAAGAAAAAUUA